GCGGCCACGGCUCCGCGCUGCUUCUGCCGCUCCCCGGUGCUCGCCGCCCGCCCAUGGUGCUGCCCGGGCCGCCCAGCAUGUCCCGCUCCGAGGAGGUGCACCGGCUCACCGAGAAUGUCUACAAGACGAUCAUGGAGCAGUUCAAUCCCAGCCUCAGGAAUUUCAUUUCUAUGGGGAAGACCUAUGAAAAAGCCUUAGCAAGUAUGACAUAUGCAGCAAAAGGAUACUUUGAUGCUCUGGUUAAGAUGGGAGAGUUGGCCAGUGAAAGCCAGGGAUCUAAAGAAUUGGGAGAUGUGCUUUUCCAGAUGGCAGAGGUCCACAGGCAGAUCCAGAACCAGCUGGAGGAGAUGCUCAAGUCCUUCCACAACGAGCUCCUGACGCAGCUGGAGCAGAAGGUGGAGCUGGACUCCCGGUACCUGAGUGCUGCACUGAAAAAAUACCAGACGGAGCAAAGAAGCAAGGGGGACUCGCUCGACAAGUGCCAGGCAGAGCUGAAGAAACUUCGGAAGAAGAGCCAAGGCAGCAAAAACCCCCAGAAGUACUCUGACAAGGAGCUGCAGUACAUUGAAGCCAUCAGCAACAAGCAAGGUGAGCUGGAAAACUACGUCUCUGACGGCUAUAAGACAGCUCUUACAGAAGAGAGGAGACGGUUCUGCUUCCUGGUAGAGAAGCAGUGUGCAGUAGCAAAGAGUGCGAUCACUUACCAUGCCAAGGGGAAGGAGAUGCUGACGCAGAAGCUGCCACUGUGGCAGCAGUCCUGCUCGGAUCCCAACAAGAUCCCGGACCGUGCUAUACAGCUGAUGCAGCAGAUGGCUGCCAGCAGCAAUGGCACCAUUAUGCCCAGUCCUCUGUCUACAUCCAAAUCCAACCUCAUCAUCUCUGACCCCAUCCCUGGUGCCAAACCUCUCCCUGUUCCCCCGGAGCUGGCACCUUUUGUAGGACGCAUGUCGGCACAGGAGGCCAUGCCGGUGAUGAACGGAGUCUCAGGCCCAGACAGUGACGGGUACAACCAGUGGUCUGAGAUGAAGCCAGCACAGCCCAAAUCUUUAUCUCCUCCCCAGCCUCAGAAGCAGCUGAGUGACUCUUAUUCCAAUACACUCCCAGUUCGCAAAAACGUGCCACCAAAAAACAGCUACACAUCAGCUGAAAACAAGACACUGCCGCGCUCCAGCUCCAUGGCCGCAGGGCUCGAGAGGAAUGGCAGGACAAGGGUGCAGGCCAUUUUCUCUCAUGCUGCCGGAGAUAACAGCACCCUCCUGAGCUUCAAGGAGGGUGACCUCAUCACGCUGCUGGUGCCAGAGGCCAGGGACGGCUGGCAUUACGGGGAGAGCGAGAAAACAAAACUGAGGGGCUGGUUUCCUUUCUCCUACACGCGGGUCCUCGACAAUGAUGGCAGCGAGCGCGUCCACGCGAGCCUGCAGCAAGGGAAGAGCAGCAGCACCGGCAACUUGCUGGACAAGGACGACAUCGCCAUCCCGCCGCCCGACUACGGCAUGGCCUCCCAAGCCUUCCCGGCACAGGGCGUCAACACCUUCAAGCAGAGGCCGUACAGCGUGGCUGUGCCUGCCUUCUCCCAGGACUACCUAAUGCCCUAUGGGUGUGCAAUUAAAGACUAUUCCAGUGGCCUCUGCCAACCACCCUCGGCUCACUACAAACCUUACACUAGGUCGACAGCUGGUCUCGAUGACUACGGGACAAGGUCCGUCAGCAGAAACCCCUUUGCCAACGUCCAGCUGAAGCCAACGGUGACGAACGACCGCUCGGCUCCGCUCAUCAGCUGAUCCAGGAGCGCUGGCGCCCGCCGUGCCACGCGGCACUUGCUGCCACCUCCUCACCGCUGCAUGUCCGGCUUUCCAGGACUUCAUUUUUAGGCGGCGUUUAUUUAAUCCUGCUGCUUUGAAAGCCAAAGGCUAAACCUAGUGCCCUAGUUCUUGCUUCUCUAGACACAGCUUGUUCGUCUCGGUGGCAGAGGGUUCCACCGCUGCCAUGUAGCCUGUCCUUUGCCUGCGCAGAACUGGUGCCAUGGCAGCGUGUCCCCCAGCCGGGGUUGCUUCUAGGCUUGGCAGCAGCUCACCACAGCUGGGAGAACGGCCUCAAUCCCAGGGUGAGCUGUGCUUCGGGCUCGCGUGGGGUGGACUGGCAAUGGCAGCGGGGAGACGGUCCCCCUGCUCCCUCUGCCCGAUCAGGAGGGACCCCUGGGAUGGGCGGGAUAGCUGGGAUCCCCCAUGCAAGCCAAGGGGGCGGUGGGAGCUGUAGGCAGCUCCCAGGCUCCUGCAAGACCCCGGCUGCCCACCCCGGGCUGGGAAGCAGUGGGAUGCUGGCGGCGGGAUGCCAGCACUGCAGCCCCCGCCAGGAUGGGGCCAGUGCCGGUCCCAGAGGCCCUGCACCACCAGGUCUCUGUAUAUGGUAGGGUGUUACGGUACUGCUGUAAAAUAUAAGCUAGGAAAAAAAUACUUGUGGAGGUGAGGGCUCCGUUUAAGUGUGCCUUGGGGUGCCUGGGGCUGUGGGGUUCCCGGCAGAAGGGGCACCCUGCUCCCCUCGGACAGGCUCUCCCAUCCAGACCUUUGCUUGGCUCUUUGCUCUUCCUCUGUUACUAGGGCUGCAUGAGAAAGAGAUAGAUGUAGAUAAAUAUAUAUAUAUACUUGCUAAGCUUAUUGCUGGGGUGUGUGCCCACGAGCAAGCUGGCUCCUGGGCAGUUCCCGCAGCUCCCAGCUGCCGCUCGCUCCGAGCCGAGCCAGCGCGCCGGGGGUCGCACCCUUGCCAGAGCCAGGGAGAAGGGGGUUUCCAGGCAGGAACCGUGUCUCCUGCGGGUGGGCGGUGGUGUGCCAGGCAGCACAGGAGCACGGGGCGGGGGGCAAUGCCCUCAGAGGUUUUUGCCUUUUCCGUUAUAUUUGUCAUUUUGCACUUUUUAAUGGCUAGUGCACUGCGGGCCGGUGCUUUGCGGAGCCCAGAGAGCCCAGGCGUGGGGGUCGCUGCCUGUGGGAUUCCAUGCAGCCGGGGCUCUUCCCCAG